AUGAUCAGUUCCCUUGAGAAGGUGGGUCAAUGGCUUCAAGCCCUCCACUACUUCGAGUUCAUGUGCUCUUCAGACCUUCAGCCGAGCCUGGUGAGUUUCAACGCCAUGAUCAGUUCCUUCGAGAAAGGCGAGCAAUGGCAGAUGGGCAUUUGUUUUCUCCAGAUGAUGCAAGAUUUGGAGAUCCAGCCUGACAUAUUUAGCUUCAACGCUCUCAUCAGUUGCUGUGAGAAGGGAGGCCAUUGGCAAACGGCCUUAAGCUUCUUUCAAUCGAUGCUAGAGGCAGCAGUCCAACCCGUGGUCAUCAGCUAUGGUGCUUUGAUCAGCGCCUGUGAGAAGGCCUCGCAGUGGGAAAGCGCUUUGCAGCUUUUCGAGGCAAUCCCAAAGGCCCAGCUCAGGCCCAGCACCACAUCACUGAACGCCGCCAUUAGCGCGUGUGAGAAGGCCUUCCGAUGGCCUGAAUCCUUGAGCCUCCUCGUUGGGUCCGCGUCUUCGUCCCACGUGGACCUCAUUAGCUUCAACGCGGCCAUGAGCGCCUGUGAGAAGUUCUCCCAGUGGCGCUGGGUCUUGCACCUUUGGAGCCACAUCCAAGACACCACUUCCCAGGCCGCUGAUCUCGUGAGCUAUUGCACUGCCAUCAGCUCGUGUGACAAGACCUCUCACUGGCAGCACGCCUUGCUGCUCUUCAUGUUGAUGCAGAACGCUCGAAUUCAAGCAAGUGAUCUCAGCCUCAGCGCGACCGUCUCCGCCUGUGCCAAAAGUGGACAGUGGAAUGCUCUGAACAGACUGACAGCGCAGGGGCGCGUGAGCUUUUUGCAGCGGAAAAAGAGUUGGAUCGAGAACGAGCCGUCCAAACAGAUUGGUGGAUGA